AUGAACGAGGGCCAGGUGGUAACGAUUUUCAUCGGGCAAGCUGGGGUCCAAGUGGCUAAUGCCUGUUGGGAGCUUUUCUGUCUGGAGCAUGGAAUCACGAGUGAUGGAUGCAUGCUCGGGAAUUAUGAGACUGACGACAGCUCGUAUCAAGCAUUCUUCACCCCGACACAAUCCGGAAAAUUCUGCCCACGGACUGUAAUAACGGACCUGGAGCCAACGGUAAUCGAUGAAAUACGAACGGGCGCGUAUCGAUAUCUCUUCGAUCCGUCAUCACUAAUAACUGGUAAGGAAGACGCUGCGAAUAAUUUCGCGAGGGGAUAUUACACAAUCGGCCAGGAGAUGGUGGAGCUCGUGUUGGAUAGGAUUCGAAAAGUCUGCGAGGCUUGCUCCAGAUUGAAUGGAUUCAUUGUUUUCAGAUCCUUUGGCGGUGGUACUGGAAGUGGAUUUACCACUCUAAUGCUUGAGCACUUAACAUCUGACUACGGUAAACGGUCCAAACUUGAUUUCGCUGUUUACCCAGCUCCCAACAUUUCCACAGCAGUCGUUGAACCCUACAACGCAGUACUGACCACCCACGGGACACUUGAUUACGAGGACUGUUGCUUUGUCGUUGAUAACGAGGCGCUUUACGAUAUUUGCUCUAGAAACUUGGAUGUUGAUUCCCCAACAUACACGAAUCUGAAUCGCCUGCAGGCGCAAGUUGUGUCGGCAGUAACAGCUUCCCUGAGAUUCGAAGGAUCGCCGAAUGUUGGUCUCGAGGAGUUCCAGACAAAUCUAGUCCCAUACCCGAGAAUUCAUUUUCCUCUGAUAACAUAUUCCCCCAUCACAACCGUCAGACAAGCGAUCAACUCAAACGUCACAACUUCACAAAUCACCAGCGAGUGCUUCGAACCUGCCAAUCAGAUGGUUAAAUGCGAUCCGAGAAAAGGUACUUAUAUGAGCUGUUGUUUGCUCUACCGCGGAAAUGUGAGUACAAACGACGUCAACAGCGCAAUCAAUUCACUCAAGGGAAAAAAAUCCAUUAGAUUCGUCGACUGGAGUCCAACAGGUUUCAAGAUUGGACUUAAUUAUCAACCACCGACGACGGUACCCGGUGGCGAUUUGGCCGCGUCUGAUAAGUCUGUCGUAAUGUUAUGCAACAGCACGGCUAUUCGCCAAGCUUGGGAGAGAUUAGUCAAAAAGUAUAACCUCAUGUUUGCGAAGAGAGCUUUUGUUCAUCAUUAUGUUGGGGAGGGAAUGGAGGAAAGCGUCUUCGAGGAAGCUAGGGAGGACAUUGCUGCUCUUAUCCAGGAUUACAAGGAAGUCGACUCCUGAAUUUCCAUUGGCUCAGAAAAAGACACUGUUUAAACAUUUAUCUCAAUUUGUUAGCAAAAAUUGCAUUCUCACUUCAGACUAAAUAAGCGAAAUCAGGAAGAAAUGUACUGAUGACUCAAAACUACGAAAUUUCUUGGGGACCAGCCAAGAAUCCACACCUCUUGAAAUUAUUUGGACUUUCUACUUACU